AUGCCAGACCUCGAUGAAGAGCUCAAAGUCAUGGCAAAUUCCAUAUUCGACGAAAUGCUAGAUAACGUGUUACUUACCACCACCAUCUCGGCUCAUCGUGAGAUCGUCAGGGGUAGAUUACCAUGUAACAUCUGUCAUACUCAUUGUAGAGGACAUCAACCUCUGGUGCAAGAAACGCCGUCUCAAGCUGGAGGGUAUUUAGUAGGACCUGAGAAAGGGACGGGUGGUGCUACUGGUAUAGGAUCAGGAAGUGGAAAAAUGGAUAAUAGUGGGAACGUGUUUUUCGAAUGUCUCGUUUGUCGAAGGCUUAUCACUUCGAAUCGUUACGCCCCUCAUCUCUCUUCAUGUCUCGGACUAAAAGGUUCAACUCGUCGUGGUGCCAGAGCAGCCGCAAACAAAAUUCGAUUAGGAACUACAGAAAGAUCAAGUUCACCAUAUUAUCAACCCAGUGAAGCAGGUUCAGAAGAGAGUGUGGCAAGUAAGAAAAAGAAAAUGAACGGUUCGAGUACACCAAAUGGUAUGAAAAGGAAUAAAUCACCUAGUAAAGUGGGACAAAUAGGCAAAGACUUCAUCCUGGUUCAGAAGUGGUAUGUUUUUGGCUACUCCUUCCCCGCCACCCCAACCGGGUUUCCACGUGCUGCUCCUGGUCCGAGUAGAUUAGGUCAACCUCCUCAUCAACCUGAUCCAGAUUUCUCUUCCCCUAUAUCUUCCGUCAGUCCCGAAAAGAGUGUCACCUCUUUCCCGGAUUCUUCAACCAGUAGUCAAAUCCUUGGAAGUAUCCAAGCUCCUGCUGUAGUGGAAGAUAGUGAUGAAGAUAUGGACGAUUAUUGA